GGGACUGUAAAUUCCACGGAUCCUUGAGUUUUUCCAAAGAGUCACAGGGCCUGAAACCCAGCCUGUCACCUACCCACCUCCUCACACUCAGUUGCAGACUUCACAGCAGAAGGGCUCCUACCCUGUGCUCAGGAACCGCGAGGGCACAGCCAGGGCCGAGAUCAGCAGGAAGCAGAAAAAGGCACCGGCAGGCAUGUUCCAAGCAGUGGCCUGGGUCCGCAGAGGCCUGUUUCAUUUCCGUGCUGGGCUCUCUGUGCGCAUGAACAGCACUGCGAUAGACCGAAAGGGUGUCCUGGCCGAUCGGGUAGCCGUGAUCACCGGGUCCACUGAGGGGAUCGGCUUUGCCAUCGCCCGGCGUCUGGCCCGGGACGGGGCCCACGUCGUUAUCAGCAGCCGGAAGCAGCAGAACGUGGACCGGGCAGUGGCCGCGCUGCAGGGGGGGCUGAGCGUGACGGGCACCGUGUGCCACGUGGGGAAGGCCGAGGACCGGGAGCGGCUGGUGGCCACGGUCCUGGAGCACCAUGGGGGCCUCGACUUUCUGGUGUGCAAUGCAGGCGUCAACCCCCUGGUGGGAAGCACCCUGAAGGCCAGUGAGGAGGUGUGGGACAAGAUCCUGAGCGUGAAUGUGAAGUCCCCGGCACUGUUGCUGAGCCAGCUGCUGCCCCACAUGGAGAACAGGAGGUAGGUUGCAGGUACGGGAUCGGUCAUCCUGGUCUCCUCCGUUGUAGCCUACAUACCCAAUGUGAAGCUGGGUCCCUACAAUAUCAGCAAGACGGCCAUUCUGGGCCUCACCAGGACGCUGUCAUUGGAGCUGGCCCCCAAGGGCAUCCGGGUGAACUGCCUGGUUCCAGGAAUAAUCGAGACCAACUUUAGCAAAGUGUUACACCAGGAUGAGCUUUACUGGAACAAUUUCAUGACAGAGCACCAAGUGCAGAGGAUAGGGCAGCCUGAGGACUGUGCAGGGAUCGUGUCCUUCCUGUGCUCUCCGGACGCCAGCUACAUCACCGGCGAGAACAUCAUGGUGGGGGGCUUCUCCUCUCGGCUCUGACGGGUCUAGGCUUAGGAGCCUGGGGGAGGGUGGGCUGGGAGAUCAUUUAAGGUUAGGGGAUAAAGUCUGAAACUCUGCCAGACAAUCAACCCAGGGGCUUGUUCAUGCCCGGCUUGAGGCAGGAGCCCCCAGGGUUCUCUUCUGUUGAUUCCACUGUUGAUUCAGCUGCUGUGAUCCAACCAACAUGUGGGUUCUUGAUGUGGGGCUCUGAGUUCAUGCGGCUGGCACUUUGGAGGAACCAUAAGGGACAGGAGCAGGGACUCAGGCCCAUGAAGGAUCCGGCUCCUUCUCUCUGCCACUAGUGCUUUAAACAUUUCUUUCCUAAAAUAAACUCCAAUUUCUCCUCAAGCCUGGAAACUCCUGGUAAGGGGAGAGCCAAGGGGAAUGAGGCUGAGGACAGGCCUCUCCUGCCUCCUGCCUUCUGCUGCCCUGAGCCCAUUCACGGACCCAUGGUGGUGGCCACUGAGUAUUCACAGAAAACUCUGCUCCAUUCUCAGAGCGGGCUGGUAGCAGCUGAGCAAGGUGGGAGUGCGGGGGAGGAUUCUGGGAUUCCCCCUGGGAUUCUAGAGGCUAGCGGUUCUUAAUGUUUUCUGGGCCACACAGGCCUUUGAGCCCCUGAAGAAAAAAUCUUGCAUACCAUUCCAGGCUAAGAACUUCUUCGAUACAAAAGAGAUAAGUCAGUGUAAAGUUCUCAAGGUUGUCUCCCCUUGGUAAAGGGCCUUUCUGUUGUCAAGUUCGAGGACACCAUCCUUCUGUGUGUGCAUGUCCCAGGCCUGGCAGACUCUGGGAGUAACAGUGGCCCUGAGAAAACCUCUCUUCCUCUCGUGCUAUCCAUAAGUCUCACCUGGAAUUGGUCCCAAGGGAGGACCUGAGCCAAGGCUUCCAGCUGACCUCUGGCUUUCACCUCACUGAAACUGCUCACCAGUGCCCCCGCUCUGGCCCCCUUGGGCAUAUGGGUCUUUGUCUUGAGAUUAAUUCAAUUACAGAAACAGUUACUGCUCCCUACUGCAAACCGUGCGUUGGGCCGGGCACCCUGGAGAACCCAAAUGUAAAAACAGACCCAAGCUCUCUUAAGUUCCUGCCUUGUGGUAGGAGAACAGGGGUUUAAAACACUCAUCAGUAAGUGAGGCAGAAAUGGGGCGCCUGGGUGGUUCAGUUGGUUGAGUGUCCAGCUCGUGAUGUUGGCUCACAUCAUGGUCUUGGGGUUGUGAGAUCAAGCCCCACGUCCACCUCCGGGCUCGGUGCAGUCUACUUGCCCCUUUCCCUCUGCUCUGCCCCCUGCUCUCUCUUGCUCUCUCUCUCUCUCAAAUAAAUAAAUAAAUAAAAUCUUUAAAGAUA